AUGGAGAAAAAAACACUUCCACUCUGUGCGAAAAUCCAAGCCUAUACAUGUAUACAUACUAGCCAGCCUCUUUCUCACCUUCCUCCUUUACCUCCCGCUGCUACUUUCUCUGUGGAGGCCUCUAGCCCUGCCUCCUCCGUCAAGUCCAUCUCUGAUACUUACGAUAUCACUGUCGAGGGUAGCCCUGGUAUGAGAUUGGGUCGUGUCUCUCAGUCCGAUGCAGCGCAGCUUCUCCAUGCCCCACAGAAUAUGAUGGACGAGAGAAGUGUCUACAAGGACUUUGUAGAGAAGCUCCAGAUUGAAGAAAAACCACGCCAGGUGGAACCCACCUAG